AUGUUGACACCCCCGAAGGGGGCUGAAGCAGCCCUGGCUUUCCUCUACUCCGGAGACAUUCAACAGCUGUCAGGAGCAAACUGCAGCGAGAAGUAUGAAGUCCGAGGGGCAGAAGGCAGAGCCGGGGUCCCCCCAGUCCUACAGAGAGCAGCGGGCGCCCUGGCCCAGGCUGCCAACCUUCUCAACAUGCUUCUGCAAGCCAACGACAUCCGGGAGUCGAGCGUAGCGGAGGACGUGGAGUGGUACCAGGCACUCGUUCGCAGUGUGGCAGAGGGAGACCCGAAAGCCUACAGGGCUCUGCUGACCUUUAACCCCCCACCGGGGGCCAGCCACCUUCCGCUGGCCCUGCAGGCCACUCGGAUGGGGGAUGAGACCAUCCUUCAGGACCUGUCUGGGAACAAGAUACAGGAAGAGAAUCCAGAAGAGGAUCUGGAUACUCCUGUCCUCCAGAAGCGAGUGCUGACCAAUGACCUAAGGAGUCUUGACAGUCCCAAGUGGCCACGGGGGGAUGGAUAUGUGGGGGACAUACAGCAGGUGAAGCUAUCUCCUCCCUUCCUGGAGUGUCAUGAGGGCCGGCUCCGUCCUGGCUGGCUAGUUACAGCUUCGGCCACGUUCUAUGGACUCAAGCCAGAUCUCAGCCCAGAGGUCAGGGGACAGGUACAAAUGGACAUCAACCUCCAAAGUGUGGACAUCAACCAGUGCGCGAGCGGCCCCGGCUGGUACUCAAACACCCACCUGUGUGACCUCAACAGCACCCAGUGUAUCCCUCUGGAGAGUCGGGGUUUUGUCCUUGGCCGCUAUCUCUGCCGCUGCCGACCUGGAUUCUAUGGAGCUAGCAGUUCUGGGGGCUUAGAGGAGAGUACCACACAGACUUCGGGGCAAUUCGGGUCCCUGCAAGGCGGCUUAGGAAAGCUGCUACGGUGCCAGCCGUGUCCCGAGGGCUGCACCAGCUGUCUGGAUGCCACACCGUGCCUGGUGGAGGAGGCCCUGGCACUGAGGACGGCAGUGCUGGCAUGCCAGGCCUGCUGCAUGUUGGCUGUCUUCCUGAGUAUGCUGGUCGCCUACCGUUGCCGAGGGAGCAAGAGGAUCCGGGCAUCUGGAAUCGUCCUACUGGAAACCAUCCUUUUUGGAUCCUUACUUCUCUACUUCCCGGUGUUCAUUCUGUUCUUCAAGCCCAGCGUUUUCCGCUGCGUCGCUCUCCGCUGGGUCCGGCUGCUGGGUUUUGCCGUCGUCUAUGGGACCAUUAUCCUGAAGCUUUAUAGGGUGCUCCAGCUGUUUCUGUCUCGAACUGCCCAGCGGGGGCCACACCCAAGCAGCGGGCAGCUGCUGCAGCGUCUGGGGCAGCUCCUGCUGCUGGUAUUGGGCUUCCUGGUUGUGUGGACAGCGGGCGUCCUGGAGCCAGGCAUCCAGCACACACCUCUGGUGACCCGGGGUCACACUCCCACUGGCCGCCACUUCUACCUCUGUCACCAUGACCACUGGGACUACAUCAUGGUUGUGGCGGAAAUGUUGCUGCUUUGUUGGGGCAGCUUCCUCUGCUAUGCCACCCGGGCUGUCCCCUCAGCCUUCCAUGAGCCGCGCUACAUGACCAUUGCCCUGCACAACGAGCUACUCCUGUCUACUGCCUUUCACACUGCCAGGUUUGUGCUGGUUCCUUCCCUACACCCAGACUGGACACUUCUCCUCUUCUUCCUCCACACGCACAGUACGGUCACAGCCACACUGGCCCUGAUCUUCAUCCCUAAGUUCUGGAAGCCUGGGACGCCUCCCCGGGAGGAAAUCCUGGAUGAAGUGUAUGAGGAUGAGCUGGACCUGCAGCGCUCAGGCUCCUACCUCAACAGCAGCAUCGCCUCAGCCUGGAGUGAGCGCAGCCUGGAUCCAGGGGAUAUCCGGGAUGAGCUGAAGAAGCUCUACGCCCAGCUAGAGAUCCGAAAGACCAAGGAGAUGGCUGCCAACAACCCCCACCUGCCCAAGAAGCGGGGCAGCUCGCGCCAGGGCUUGGGACGUUCUUUCAUGAGGUACCUGGCCGAGUUCCCAGAGGCCCUGGCCAGGCAGCACUCUCGGGACUCCGGCUCUCUAGGCCUCAGCAGCCUGCCAGGCUCUUCUCGAAGAAGGCUCCUCAGCUCCAGCCUUCAAGAAACAGAGAAGCCACCAGGCCUCCGCAAGACCCGCAGCACAUACGAGCACCACAGGGAGCACAACACUCUUCCCUUUCACCCCACGCUGAGGCGGACCCUGUCCAAGAAGGCCUCACCAACAGAGGGCCAAGAGUCGGUAGAGGGGCCCCCAGCCCUGGGCUUCAGGUCGGCUAGUGCUCACAACCUGACAGUGGGAGAAAGACUCCCUAGAGCCAGGCCCAUCUCCCUGCAGAAGUCACUCAGUGUGGUGGCUGGCUCCAGAGAAAAGGCUCUGCUUGUGGCCAGUCAGGCCUACCUGGAGGAAACCUAUCGGCAGGCAAAAGAGAGGGAGGAAAGAAAGAAGGCUGAGGCGGCCAUGGUGAGCCCGGUGCGGAGGCCAUCGACCAGGAGGCUGGACCGGCCUCUAAGGGCUCCUCUGUCAGCCCCACCUUCUCCUGCCAGGGGCAGCAGUAUGGACAGCUCUCAUGCUCCUGGGAGGCUUCAUGAAGAGGCUGCGAGAAGGCUGCCUCACCCACCCAUCCGGCACCAGGUCUCCACACCCAUCUUGGCUCUGUCUGGGGCCUGCCUGGGAGAACCCAGGAUGUUGUCUCCCACCCCCACCUCCACAUUGACUCCUGUUCUGUUGCCAGCUCCGGCGCCAGCUCCGGCCCCACCCCCGGCCCCUGUUCUGCCACCAGUCUCAAAGCCCCCCCAAAGCCCCACCCUUCUCACUUUCAUCUGCCCUUGGGAGAAUGCAGAACUGCCAGGCAAGAAAGAAAAUGCGGCCCAGGAAGGCCCCACAGGGCCAGAGCGAAGCGGUCACUCACCUGCCUCAGCUCGGACCAAGAUCUGGAGGGCCCUGUCUGUGGCAGUGGAGAAGAGGGGGACUGGAGAGAGUGAGGCACUCACAGAGGGUGGACACGUACAGGGGGAAGCCGACGAAACGGAUGAGGAAAAGCCCAAGGUCUUCUCCAAAUCCCACAGCCUCAAAACCCCUCUGCAGCAGGGUUCCGUGCGCAGCCUGGGCCUGGCCAUCAAAGCUCUGACCCGUUCUAGGAGCACCUACAAAGAGAAGGAUGACGGGGAGGGCACCCCUGAGAAGGGAAAACCUGCAGAGGCGAGCACAGGGGCUCCGCCCAGAUCUCCCAGGCUAGGCCGGCCCAAAGCAGUGAGCAAACAGGCUGCCCUGGCCCCCUGUGAGGAUGAGGAGUCCCUCCAGAACCAACAGAACGCUCACACCAGCCGAAUGCUCCAGAAGGAAGGCAGCCGGGAGCAAGAGGACAGAAACAAGAGAGCGGCCCAGGGCCCAGGGGAGCGGAAAGUUGAGAGAACCGGUAAAAUAGCACUUGCCACACUGAGGCAAGUUUUUGGGGAGAAAAAUGCUGAACAAGCAAAGGAAUCCCCUGUGGGAUACCAAGAGGUGCCCAACCCUGCCCUCCAGCCCCUAGGCAGUGCUGACCACCGGGUGGCAGAGGUGUGUCCCUGGGAAGUGACUGAAUCUGAAUCAGGAACGGGGCUGCCAGAGAGUGUCAACAGGGCCAAAGUCUGCUCCCGGGAGGGAACUGAAGGGAGAAGUCUUGAGAAGAAGCCAUCAAGACAAGAGCUAAGUAGGUCCUGGGAAGAGCAAGAGAAAGUCCCAGGGGAGUCAGAACCCGAAGGUGUGGGCGCCAUUACUCGGAAGAAGCCAGAGAGGCUGGUUCGGAGCCAGGAGGCAGUGUGUCCUUGGGAAAGCCCCGACCCUGGAGAUCUGUCUCCUCAGUUGGUGCUUCAGGAUUCUGACAGAAGCCGGGGCAGGUCUGUGGUAGUGUGCAAAGGAGAAAAGCACCCAGAGGCCCUUCCGCCCGAGGCUGCCAAGGCAGAAGUGUGCCCGUGGGAGAUGAGGGGUGGGGGGGAGGGGACAUCUGCUGCUCAGAGGGUACAGGAACUCCCUGAAGAAAGGCAGAAAUCCCCCAAGAAGGCAACCUUCUGGCGAGAACAGAAUCUAGGUGGAGACCUGGUGUCUCUUUGUCCGUGGGAAAGUACUGAUUUCCGGGGCCCUUCAGCUGUCUCGCUUCAAGCCCCAGGAAUCGCAGGGCGUUUGGGCAGUGGCAUUGCAGAGGUGUGCCCAUGGGAAGCAGGAGAAGUGUCUAAUGACAAGAAAGCCGAGGUCUGUCCCUGGGAGCUGGGGGGUGAGCUAGCAGGUACAGAAGCCUUGAAUCAGGGAACAGAUGGGAAAUCUCUCACAGGAAAGGAGACUCCCUCCAGAAAGGGAUGCUUGGCAGAGACGGGGGAGCAAACUGUGAGGGCAAAGCCCACUGUCCGUCAAGGGCAGGAGUCGGUGUGCCCCUGGGGAGACCAAGCCCCUGAGCAGCCCAGCCCACAUCCAGACAGCUCCUCCUCCAGGGCUGGUGAGACAUUCCUAAGCCGCACUGGCAGCCAGGGACUGCAGGUGUGUCCUUGGGAAGCGGUGAAGCCAGAGGAGAGGCAGGCACCACCUUCCACAGCAGAAAUCUGUCCCUGGGAAGCAGAUGGACGAACAGAGAACAGGACAUCAGAACACGCACCAAAAGAAGGAGCCGUUCAAAAAGAUGAGGAGAAAAUGCCCGCAAAAGCCAGAAUCGGAGCACAGGAAGAGGCUGGGGGGCGGAUCCCAAAGCAGGAAGCAGUCUGCCCCUGGGAGAGCACGGACCGCGAUAGCACCCCACAAAGAGACCCAGAGAAAGCCCAAGCCACUCUCCAGAGGCAAGGCAGCAUGGGUGGCAAAUCUGCUGAGAUCUGCCCGUGGGACGUGGAGGGGACAGCUGAGAAGGCCAAGGUCUGUCCCUGGGAAGUGGGCACUGGGGCUGGAGAGGAAAGGACGGCGGGAACUGAAGCUUCUGGGAUCCCUCCAAAUGAGGCAGGCCAGACUUCUGCGGAUUCUGGACCCAGGCAGGUAGCUGCCAGUGCCACAAAGAAGCCAGAGAGGCCCAGCUCGGAGAAGGAGGUGGUCUGCCCUUGGGACAGCUUGAGUACGGGGGAUUCCUCUCAGCAGCCAGACGCUCUGAACAGUGAGAAACUAAACGAUGAACUCCGGGGACACGCGAGCUCCAGGCCCAUAGAGGUGUGUCCCUGGGAAGGGGAGGAAGCUCCUCUCAGUGAAAAAGCCAAGAUCUGUCCCUGGGAAUUGAAUGAAGGGACCACGGGGAAAGGAGCGGAGCAAGAGGCGGGGAGUGUGCCAGCACAGCAAAGGAGAAAGGAUCUAGAAAAGGCAGGGCUCCCCUUCCAAGAGGAAGGCACAUCAUCAAAAGCGCACACAAAACUCUGCCAGGAACAGGAAGGGGAAGCUAUCUGUCCUUGGAAGCCACCCGCCCAGGUCUCCAAGGUUUUAGACCUGCCCCUCAGCACCAUUUGUCAGGUAGCAGAGGGACAGUCUUCAGAAGCAAGUGACAGGGCAUCAGAGACAGGCAAGCUGAGACAAGACCUGAAGGCAUGUUCUCUCCCGGAAUACACAGCCCAGGAAAACGCUCCAGCUUUAAAAUCACAGUUCCCCGUUGAUGGCAGAGGAGCAGGUUCAGAACUCCAGGGAAGCACGGUACCAGCGGGCUCUUUCUCCCAUCCACACAGUCAGUGCCCUGACCAAUCUAGAGCCAGCUCCCAGACACCGGGAGGUGGGGCUGCUGAGAUGCACCCAUCGGAUGCUCCUGACCCGGAUCUCUAUAAACCCGACAGUGACACCAAGGCUGAGCCCUGUCCCCAAAAGGUGACUGGGAGAGUUACAGAAACAGAGACAUCAAGACAAGACAAAAAGGAGAAAUCUCAAGAGGACAAAGAAAAAGCCUCUGAAAAACGAGAUUACGAAGAUGCAGCAGUUCAGAGAACACCACAGAUCAGCAGCUUUGGGAAGCAGGAAGCUAUGUGUCCCAGGGAGAGUCAGGACUUUGGGGUACAAGCAGCUACAGAUGCUCCUGAUGGAAGCAAAGGUGAUUCUGAGAAUGUGUGUCCUUGGGAAGUAGAAGAGGUUCCUUCUACCGAGAAAGCUGAGAUCUGCCCCUGGGAAGCAGGUCCAGGAGCUGUGGGGGAGGAAACGCUGGACCUGGGGCGGGAGGGAGAAUCACAGGGGGCAGGAGAGGCUAAAAGACACUUCUUAAAAUCAGCAGAAGAAGUCUGCCCCUCAGCAGGCACAGUGUCGGCAGCGCUCUUCUCCCAGGAUGAUGCAGUGGACACAGACGCCCCCACGGUCAGUCUCGAUGGAACAAGCAGCCCAGGGAAACGGCUGGCAGAACUCUGUGUAUGGGAAGUCACAGACCCGGAAGGAAAUAAAAUCAAGGGCACCAUGGCGGACAUCUGUCCGUGGGAGGAUACCAGAGCUCCACCUGAUGAAUCUGGCCUCCUGGCUUUACCAGUAACCCAGGCAGAUGUGCUAGCUGCUCCUGAGAAAUCAACCUGCCUCUCAGUACACAGACCAUCGGAGACCCUUCUCCCAGAGAGCAAGAGUGUCCGCCCAGACGUCAGCAAGCCACCUGGAGCUUGUCGCCUGGAAGGUGCCAGAGAAGAAGAACCUUUGGAACUUGAGCCUGGAGCCAAAUCUGAUCCAGAGCUAAAUCCCCAAGAAGCAGAGGCUCCUGAUUCUUUGACCUUAACUGAGGACCAAGGACAAAUGGCUCUUGAAGCGCAAGGUGGAGAACUCAGCCCUCCACCCGAGUAUCCUCGGGACUGUGAGUGACAGCACCCUGGUGGGGGUCAGAACUCCUUCAGGACACUCCCCGAGUUCCAGUGUUCAAAAGGCUGGCUCAAAGAUGCUUGGACCCUGCCGGGCAGUAGUGGCUCACGCCUGGAAUCCCAGCACUCUGGGAGGCAGAGAGGCAGGCGGAUUUCUGAGUUCGAGGCCAGCCUGAUCUACAGAGUGAGUUCCAGGAUAGCCAGAGUACACAGAGAAACCCUGUCUCAAAAAACCAAAUCCAAAAAAACCAUUAAAAAAAAAAAAAGAUGCUUGGACCCUUCCUCAGCCCAGGAGGCCAGAUGGGAGCCAUCUAGAAGGAACUGCAGAAGGGAUGGACCCCGGGGUGUAUUCCAUCCUCCCUGCUUUUUUCUCUGCUUCAGGAAACAGAAACUAGACCUUCAUCUUCUAAAGAAUUCUGCCACCCAUCCAGAGUACCCCACACAGCUGUUCAAAUGGAAUUCUCACAACAAAGUCUACCCAAGGUAGUAAAAAAACUAAACCAUUUAAGGGAGUAGCAAUUGGGGACUGUGGGCAAGAGAAGAUGUUAAGGCCGUGCAGUUGAGGAUGACAGAAGGGGCUAGAGAGAUGGCUUGGCGCUCCAGAGCACACACUGCUCUUGCACAGGACCCAGGUUUGGAUCUCAACAACCAAGAUAAUCAGCUUAUAACCACUGACAACUCCAGGUUCAGGGGAUCCUCCAGUUUCUUCUUCAGGUCUCUAAGGACACCUACAUUCAUGUGCACACAUCCCUACAGAGACAGACAGACACACACACACAGAGAGAGAGAGAGAGAAAAUGAAAAUAAAUAUUUAAAAGAUGAAAGCUAAAUCAGAGGAAAACAAAGGCUAAAUAUGUGUCUGGAAAAAGGCUCACAGGCCUAGACCUUGCCCCUUUCCCCACCCCUUUCCCUGAAACAUGAUCCCAUGGAGCCCAGGCUGGUUUAAAACAGUGUGUAGCUAAGGCUAACCUUAAACUUGUGGUCCUCCUGCCUCCACUCCUGGGGAUGACAGCUGUGCAUCACUAUGGCCAGUUUACUCAGUGGUCACAGAGCUUCCUGUAUGCUGGGCAAGCACACUGUCACCUGAACUCUAGCCCCAGCCCAGCCUUUGUCUUUCUGUGUUCUUCCUUCCCAAUGUCCCCAGAAAGCCUCAUCCCAUCUUCCUGCCCCAGCUCUUACCAUGUCCAGGGCCCACCUCACUGCCUCCUCCUCGCCUUUCCAUAGUCAGCAAGGGGACCCCCUUUUCAGUAAAUGUAACUGGCGCCAAGGGGAAAUCUCUGGUUCUCAAGCAAGAAUCACUCUAACUCACUCAUAUCCCUUCCCAGAGGGGCCUGAGAAAGAAAAGAGGUCCUGUUCAGUCAGAAUCCCAACCACUAUCAGAGAGAGCAGCACUUCCCCGGUCUGGGAAAGGCACCUUGUGAAUACAAAGCCUCUUUCUUAGCUGUCCACUCUCAGCGUGGCUCUCCUCUCCGCAAUCCGUUCAGGCCACCUUGCUUAAGCAGUGUGAGCUAACAGGGUUGGUGUCAGAUGAUAUUACCAAAUGGAAACUGGGAAAGAGAAAACCCUUAUACAGAGGUUCCGACUUGAGAGAGGGAGAUGGGGUGAAGACAGGCAAGCUAAUGUGGCAGAGUUGUCAGGGGCAAUAAAGACAGCAGUAAGUCCCACCCUCUAGCUGCAGUGAUAUAGGUGUUGUUCAAGAGGUGGAAAACCUCAAGUGAGACCAAAUGCCAGGGGAGAAAAUCAGGAGUCUAUAUCCAAGCGCCGAACAGAUACAGAACCCACAGAAAUAAAGCAACUGAAUGUGCCAUUUCCAAAAGGGACUGGAAGAGAGUCCCCUGGUCUCCUUUGGGGGCCAGUUUCCCUCAUUCCCACACUAAGCCCUCCUACCAACCCAGAUCUCCUGCACCAGGUUUCUAGAGCUGUAUUGUUCUGGGCUGUGGCUACUUAACCCCACAGCAUCCAAGCUAAGGUAAACUUCACUAGCUGCACACCCUAGUGCAACCCCACUGCGUCUGUUCUAGCUGGGAAGAGCAAAGUUAUCCCCAUAAUUACUGUUACAAAUAGCCACCCAGAAAACUAAUAAAGAACGCUUG